AUGGCCUCUUUAACUGACUCGCGUACUCAGUCGACCUCAUCAGCCCCAUUGCCUGCGACAGAUGAGCUUUUGUUAAGUCUGAUCGAGCAGAUGAAGCAGUCUGACUCUAAGAUCUCUGCGUUCAUCGACAAUCAGCAGAGAAUCAAUGAUGACAUUACAAGGUCCGAUCUUAGAAUUUCAGCCUUCAUUGAGAGUCAGCAACGUACAAACGAUGUAAUUAAUAGUAAGCUCGAUCAGAUUAAUAGCUUAUCCGAAACCGUAGCUAGUAAUACUCAGCGCAUUUCCUCGUUGGAACUGGAGAACGCGGCUCUUAAGAGGGAACUACAGGAUUUAAAAGCGACUCACUUGGGUCGGCAGGAUUGCAACGAUAACGAGAUCAUCGUGUCUGGGCUGCCGGAACCGCUCUCUGUUGCUCCGUCGGUGGCUGCUCUGAAUAUGCUUGCGGUGCUUGACGCUUCUAGCAUCUCACCUCAUGUUCUUAAUGUGAGAGCCGUUCGCAAGUCUCCCCCUGGUUCUUCGUCUUCUCAAACUAAUGCCGCAACUGGUAACUCACUAAUCAUUACUGUAACCUCUAGUACUGUUCGUGAUCUGAUUAUCUCGAAAAAGCGAACCAAAGGCACAAUCAGGCAGGGUGAGAUUUGUGGUAACGACUCAAAAAGUUUUGUAUAUAUUAAUGAGAUGCUCUCUAAGGACAGCUACGAAUUGCUGCAACAAACUAAACGCGUCGCUAAGGAGCGGUCAUAUCGUUAUGUAUGGGUAAAGAGGGGUCGCAUUCAUGUUAGACAUUCCGAUGGCAAGCCUGUUAUUCGGAUCGAUUCCCACGCAGAUCUUGAUAAGCUUGUCUGA